UCUGUUUGCCAACUGUCUUUUUUGAGGUUCCUGGACAAACAGCCAAGUUCCUCACCAACAGCACAGUGGUUCCUGUGGUGAACUAUCAGAGCCCUCCUGCUGAAUGGAGGACCCAGGGAAGGUGGCUCCCUUUGCAUUUUGGGAUAGGGUUUCUCAUUGAACCUGGAACUCAUUAGUUUGCCUGGACUGGUUGGCCAAUAAGCCUCGGAGAUCCUGCCUCUCUUCCUGCUGUCACUAUGUCCAACCAUCAGUACACAGGUGCUGUGGGCUGAACUCAAGUCGUCAUGCCUUGGUGGCACACACUUUGCAAGUGAGUCACCUUCUGGCCCUCAGCAAGAUGUUUUAACAAGCUCUCUAGGUGGUUCUGAUGUAGGCUCUUGUCUAACAAUCCCUGUAAGGAGCUAUCAGCUGCUUUUAUUACAGAGCAUAUGGCAAGAACCUAAGAGAUGUAAGCCCCCUCACACUGGAAGCCUUUCUUUUUGUUCUUCGGCAAAAGGCUCAUCGAAGGAGCCCACAGUAAAAUCUAUAGCACACGGGGGUAUUUUAGGAAAUGAGUCUACGGAACAAACGUUGGCACAGGGGGUUGGUGGCCUGAGCGUGUCGUCUUGCCAAGACUGUGUGGAAUGGCAACGAGGGAAGCUGGAUUGGCAAGAUACCAUAUCAGGCUCUGUCUCCUGCCUCCGUCACACACUACAGCCGGGAAUCUAGGAGGCUCUUUCCCACGGAUUCCUCACUACACUGUGUCUCACCAUCUCUCAGUUAUGCUCAGAAUUCUGCAAAGGAUUUCAGCAAAGCAGGCAGGCCCCUUAGGAAGGAGGUGGGACACACCGAGGUGGGCAAGUAGCAGAGAUGGGUUUUUACUUUAGCAGUGUUCCUUGUAACUGCAGAGAAAAUAGAAGGGUGUAGAAGACAGAUGUACAGGUGAUCAUCCCAGUAUUUGGAUGAGAAACUGAGGGCUUUCAUGUAGCAGAAUUGAGAGUAGGCAGCAGGGCUUGGUGACCCGUUACUAUAAUCCUGGUAGCAGCCUUAUUUAUAAUAGCCAGAAGCUGGAAAGAACCCAGGUGCCCCUCAACACAAGAAUGGAUACAGAAAAUGUGGUACAUUUACACAAUGGAGUACUAUUCAGCUAUUAAAAAGAAUGAAUUUAUGGAAUUCCUAGGCAAAUGGAUGGAUGGACCUGGAGGGCAUCAUCCUGAGUGAGGUAACCCAAUCACAAAAGAACUCACAUGAUAUGUACUCAUGAAAAGUGGAUAUUAGCCCAGAAACUUAGAAUAUCCAAGAUAUACCAUAUAAUUUGCGAAACACAGGAAACUCAAGAAGAACGAAGACCAAAGUGUGGACACUUUGCCCCUUCUUAGAAUUGGGAACAAAACACCCAUGGAAGGAGUUACAGAGACAAAGUUUGGAGCUGAGACGAAAGGAUGGACCAUCUAGAGACUGCCAUCCUCGGGGAUCCAUCCCAUAAUCAGCCUCCAAACGCUGACACCAUUGCAUACACUAGCAAGAUUUUGCUGAAAGGACCCUGAUAGAGCUGUCUCUUGUGAGACUAUGUCGGGGCCUAGCAAACACAGAAGUGGAUGCUCACAGUCAGCUAUUGGAUGGAUCACAGGGCUCCCAAUGGAGGAGCUAGAGAAAGCACCCAAGGAACUAAAGGGAUCUGCAACCCUAUAGGUGGAACAACAAUAUGAACGAACCAGUACCCCUGAGCUCUUGACUCUAGCUGCAUAUGCAUCAAAAGAUGGCCUAGUCGGCCAUCACUGGAAAGAGAGGCCCAUUGGACAUGCAAACUUUAUAUGCCCCAGUACAGGGGAACGCCAGGGCCAAGAAGUGGGAGUGGAUGGCGACGGAGUGGGGGAGGAUAUGGGGGAACUUUUGGGAUAGCACUGGAAAUGUAAAUGAAAAAAAAAUACCUAGUUAAAAAAAAAAAGGCAGUGGCAAAAGCAUGGUGAGUUCAAGACCAUCCUGGGCUGUGAAGAGAAGCCCUGUCUCAAACAAAUCAAAGCAAAGGCUGAGGCAUGUGGGAGUAUUGGUUGGUAUGUGAGGGGCAAGGAAAAGAAAGCCGCCGUUUGAGGUGGUGAGCAGAGUCGAGAGUAUUAUAUCCUUGGCAAAGAAGCCCUGGGAUCCUCUGUCCUUCUCUCUCUUCCUCGGAGUACAGCCAAAGUCAUCCUUCUCUUCCUCCUCUUCAGGGCGCUGGCAUUGGAUGGAGCCAGUCAAGGUUUUAAAACUUUGGCUGCAACUAUGGGGCCAGGAUUCGAUCAUUUGUUGUUGUUGUAUAUCAAGCAAAAAGAAGAGCGUUGGGUAUACAAUAGAUCUUUUUUUACUUUUUUUUUUUUUUUUUUUUUUUGAGAUUAGGUCUCAAUAAGUAAGUAAUAAGUUCAGGCCCGCCCACAACUUUCUACUCUUGCCAGGGCCUGCAGUGAACACUGGUGUAAACCACCCUGGUUUAAGGGACAGUCUCAGGCGUUUUGAUUCCCUCACAGGGAUUAAAACAAAGAGAUCUCCACUUUACACUGCUAAGUAUAUGAACGAAUGGUGCGUACAUAUUCCAAGCCUUCCUCCAUCGGUACCUGUAAAGGUUGCAUAAUAAAAUCACACAGCCUAGAAUUGGACACAGGGUAGGCGCUCAACAAGUUGUGUUUUUCCUUCCCCUUGACAAUAGACCGGGUCCCCAGGCGGUUCCUUUCUCUCUGGGCGUCUUCAUCUCCGUUCGCCCCCGCAGCCUCAGCCUGGCUCCGGACACGCCGGGAGGGGAGAGGAGGGGGCGCGGCGGCGGUAGCGUGGAGCCGGCUCCCGGCUUACGUAAGAAGCAGCGAGUCCCGCGCGGCCAGCCCGGCAGAGGCGGCGCCGCCCAGCGGGAUCCGGGCUAAGUCUGGCCGCGCUCCUUUCCACCGAGGUGUGUGUCUCCCCGGCUGCUCGGGACGGAGGUGGGCCCCUCCAGUUGCAGGCAGCGGCCACUGUGGGGGGAAGCGACAGUCACCGAGAAGCGCCCGGAGAGCUGCUCCCACUCUGCCCACGUGCGGGGACCGGCAGGGGCUUCCCGGAGUUGCGCGCCUGGACUGGGCAGCAGGGAAGGACUCGGGGGUGGCAGGCGAGUCCCCGCGUGCGGAGGGUGUCGAGGCAGGGGCUGCUGGGCAAAGUGCGCGGGCUGCCGUCCUGGCCACCGCCAAAGCCAUGGCUUCCAAACUCCUGCGCGCGGUCAUCCUCGGGCCGCCCGGCUCUGGCAAGGGCACCGUUUGCGAAAGGAUCGCCCAGAACUUUGGCCUCCAGCAUCUCUCCAGCGGCCACUUGUUGCGGGAGAACCUCAAGACCGGCACGGGAUUCCCGAGGACAUUAGUACAGGCAGAAGCCCUGGACGGAAUCUGUGAUGUGGACCUAGUAAUCAGUUUGAAUAUUCCUUUUGAGACACUUAAAGAUCGUCUGAGCCGACGGUGGAUUCACCCUUCUAGCGGGAGGGUCUAUAACCUGGACUUCAACCCACCUCAAGUGCAGGGGAUUGAUGACAUCACUGGUGAGCCACUUGUCCAACAGGAAGAUGAUAAACCUGAAGCAGUUGCUGCCAGGCUAAGACGGUACAAGGAUGCGGCAAAACCAGUCAUCGAACUGUACAAGAGCCGUGGAGUGCUCCACCAGUUUUCUGGGACGGAGACUAACAGAAUCUGGCCUUAUGUUUACACACUUUUCUCCAACAAGAUCACACCUAUUCAAUCCAAAGAAGCCUACUGAGCCUGCCAUGGGAAGAACCAAGAAGACGUGGUCGCCCACUCGAUCACACGUGUCGUCUUGGUGACCUGGCCCAGUUAGAAGCCAGCUGAGAUAGCUUGCAGCAUCUUUUCUAGUUUCAGUGAUGAAGUAAUGAGGAAACUCUAGUAGGUAGAAGGAAUUCAGGAGGAAGGAAACCCUCCUCUGCCUUUGAAAGGGGCUCUGCGGGUGCAUCACGCCCUUCACAGGAACGAGUAUAGACUGGAUCUCCACCAGUGUUGAGCCACGUGCUAGCUAUCAGAGCCUUUUUGCAUGCAGUGGUGGGCUCUUUGGUUUAUCCCACCUUCCACAGGCUAUGAAACCACAGCGCUGUAUGCCUGAGCACUUGAAGGGCUGUGGUCCUGGCUUGUCCAUUGCCAUAUGCUCUGACAAGUUGACGCUAAUUGCACUCGGUGGUUGCUUUUCUCCAAUGACUGUCUCUCCCUGGCUCUCAGACAUCCUCGUUUCUGUUGUCUGAAUCUUCUCGUCUGCUUGCUCCCUUCUCAGGCUAUUCAGUCUCAUGAUGGCUUCUGCAUUUACCCCUCGAAUUUCCUUUAUACAAACUGAGAAGUAGGUGACUGGGUUCAGUCUUUUCCUUCUUCCUAGGCACUGAUCCAGGUAGAAGGCUUACUUGGUUAAACAGCUGCUCUAUCUUGAGCCCACUCUGUACCUUUUAUUGUUUAAAAAAAGAUCCCCCCAAAGUCUUCAGGGUUCUCAAAAAACAAGGGAAAUGCUUACUUAUGGAAAAGUGGGGUGAUUGUAUCUUCUAUGUAGAAGUAGUAGUAAUUGUAUGGAAAUCACUGGACUAAUGAGAUGGUUGGGUGCAAGAAAAGAUGAAUAUUGAACAUGCUGCUAAAUAUUAACGCUGUCAGUGUUUUUCUUCUGUGAGUGACUAACCAGACGGCGAGAGGUCAGAAAAGGGAGCAAGCCUCUGAGGCUUGGAGCAUCUUGCACUAGCUAUACACAGCACCUGCACUGAGUAAGACAGCUUUACUGUUGUGGGGAUGCAGAGUCCUUUUGUUUGUUUUCUUCCUAUUCCAAAGAUGCAGUCUAUAGGUGGUCAUAAAGUCCAGAAAUGAAGAUACUAAGGUCUUAUCAGUCAUUGUGUGUCAAGAAAGCAUUUGUGAAGACUUUCCUUCCUGGAUCUCAGACUUGCUGGCCACCUUGUUACAAUUUUUAUUCUUUUCUGGGAAGAACAGGGAAAUUUCUUCCCACUGCCUUAAAAAGGUGUCCUGCACCUGCCUGUCCCCAGGAGGUGGUCUUUUAUUACUGGUGGUGACUUAGUGUGACAUCUCAUAGUCUGUGUGGGGUCAGGGUAUGGGGUGGGCUUAGCACUUUAGUGGAUUGAGACAUUAUUCCAUUCUGAAGGUGUCGUGUGUUCUGUGCUCCUGAGUCUGUCUGCCUUCCUGUACUACCUGGACUCCCAUGGUUCCUCUCAGUCGUUUUUUUCAUGUGCAUGUUCUGCGGCUGCCUUAGUGGAGAUGCAGGCCAGCAUUCCCACUCGUGUUCUCAGUACAGAGAAGUAAGCUUCCAGAGUGCAGCUGCACGGGGCAGGUGACCAUCUGGGCAGUGUCGUGAUGCAGAGCACCUUGGAAGCUUACAUCUGGAUGUCACUUGGUAGGGGUUGGGUGAUAAAAGCCCAGGCUUCCUGGAGGGGCAGGUCGGGAGUGGGAAACCCUGAGAUUAUUCCCAGGAACCAAGGGAAGUAGGGAGUUAAAGGGAUUCAGGGUAAUUCAAGAGAGGUAGGAAAACUUCAAACUUUUCUUCCCCUCUUGUGGAGUCUGGGGAGAACAAUAGGGUGUGAGCAGCUCCUUGCCUGCACACUGCUGUUUCUCUAUGCAGUUCAAGCUCAGUAGACUACGGUAGCCCCAGUGGGACACCAGGCUCAGAAGAGCAGCAAGGGGCAAAGACAUCUUUUCCAAAGUCUUGGGUGAUUUCAUGUCUAUGGGUGUAAAGGUGUUUUCUGCAGCAGGCUUGGCUGAUUUUGUGGAAAUGGUCAUAAAUACUGACCGUGUCUUGACAAAGGUGCAAUGGAAGCAGCAUCUUUGCCUUCUCAGGCGACACAUGGCCAAGAGUCUGGGUGCUCUCUGAGGUUCUGACUUUACAUUCAUGGACUCCCCGUUCAGCUUGCAUCCCACAGGCCUCAUGGGAAAGGCUGCAUGUUUAUUCCUCCAGUAUUUAUGACAAAAAAGGUGCUAUGAAGGAGGCCCUCUGAGUAAAGUGCGCACUCUCCGGACCUUUAUAAGCAUUGUGGUGAAUCUUCCCAGGCACAACCAAUAUUUCCUAUAAACAAGAGUCCAGGAUAUGAAGUCUUGCCCAGGCUCUUCAUAUGAGUAAACACUAAAGCUAUGAUUCAGUCCCAGGUUUUCCUGCUUCUGAAACCCUUGGCCUUUUACAGGAUGUUAUUUGUCUGUCUUGACCUAAGCAACCUGGGGCCAUGAGCCUGCUUAGGUCUGCUUGUGGCCUCAGGGAGAGUGGCUGCGUGAGGCUAUUUCUUUUUAUGCUCUUUGCCUAAGCAAAAGGAGUUCCCAGACACAAGACGUUAAGGCAGGCUGGGUUUAGACCAGGUCAAUCUGCCUCAAUUCUAGGCGUCAGGAAGCCAUAUGAAAGCUGACAUCUACUGAAACAUUAAAAUUAACCAUAACGGUUACCCUUAUUUUUGGUGUGGCAAACUGCACAAUUCUUGCCAGAACAAAUGCCAUCAACUGCCUCAGGGCACUCCUUGGUUUGACUGUUCUUUAUGUGGUUGGGUGUGAGGGAGACAGGAAGCCAUUGCCCAGGACUCCAUCCUGACUCCCUCUAGUGACAGACAGGAAGCACAGUGUCUUUUAAUAAAAGGCUCCUGUUUAAAACCUUUGCAGGGAGUACCGCACCUUCUCUCUGGGAUUUGGGAAAAGGGAAGAAAAAUUGAAAACCCCAGGCUCUGUGUGGACUGCAAGAAAUGGUAGAGCUCAAGGCUUCUCUAGUCUUAUGAGAACUUGUACUACUGAAUUUGCGAAUUUUGUUUUUUUGAGCUGGACCGAUCUCUGGGGGACGACGUUGAGCUAGGAUGGCAUUUCACUGUGAUCCCCCAAGUUCAAGCCAGUCUUUAACUCAGUGUUGGCUUAAGUUUCCCUGGAGCUGGCACGUCAGCUUUUCUUCAGUGACAGUUGGUGUUCCUCUUGAUUUGGGUAUAUGUGCUUAGUUCAGAGUCUGUUCUGUAUCUGCUAUCCUAACUAUUCAUUGUAUUCAUUGAUUUUUGUUUUGUUUUGUUACCUUGCUUGAAGAUUGAUUUGUAUUGAAUUUGAUAGAAAUAAAUGUUUUUUCCGCUUAAUA